AUGACUUUGACACCCGCUUCUAGUGCUACCCAAGCCAACGCUUCCAAGAUUCAUGCAAAUGAUCCUAGAGCUAACUCUCAAUAUGCUCAAGAUACAAAGAGAGGCAACAAUUCAGAUGCUGCUGAGGCACAAAGCGCAACUGAUAAAGCUACACAAAGUGCCUCUCAACUAGAGGUAAUCAUGGUCCUGAUUCAAGUAGUGAAGAAGUCUAUACUGGUUUAA